AUGCCCGACGCUCCUUCCAGCCCCCGCAAGGUGGUCUCCUCCGCCUCUACGCAGGCCCGAUCCCAAAAGAAGCCCGGAGCGCCCAAGCCAAAAGGCGCCGUCCGUGCUAAGUCGGGCUGCUACACCUGCAGGAUCCGUAGGAAGAAAUGCGACGAGCAGCCCAACGAUGAUGGCGCCUGCCAGACCUGCGUUCGCCUCAGGCUGCAGUGUCUCGGUUUCGGCGCGAAGCGUCCAGAGUGGAUGAGGGAGAACAACAGCGUCACUGAGCUCCGCGAGAAGAUCAAGAGUUUCCUUGCUUCGCAGGGCAUGAUCAAAGGGCACUCGGGCUCGGGCCCGCGUUCCACAGACCAGGACCCUCCCGUCCUCGUCCUCGUCGACUCCCUCCACACGUCGCCCUCGAGCCCCCCCACUCCCACCCUCUCCGCUACCUCCUCGAGCGAGGGGCCACGACCUCCCCACAACGGCAUGAACACCUCCUUCGAGCGUGCCCCUGCCCACUACACUACCAUGCCCCCGGAGCAGCAGCAGUAUGGCCACAGGCUCCCUCAUGUUGGUGGAUCAUAUUAUCCGGCGUCGACCACCAUGAAUUCCUCAAUAUCGGCUCCUACAUACCUGCCUUCGACUUACUACAACCACCCGCAUUCGCAGCUGGCGCAAUCGUACAACCUCGAUCCCAACACCUUGUCUGACGACGAUGUUGACCAUAUCGCGAGUCCGGAGAGUGCGCAAAUGCCUAUGCCCAUGGCUGUCAACGGUCUCGGUCUUUCCAUUCCGUCGGAACAAGGACGUCUCAUCCAGCACUACCUCGCCCGAGUGCUGCCAAUACAGUAUCUCCUCGCCGACGACUCCAUCAAGCACUUCAUGAUCAAGCUCAUCCAGACCAGCGCCGAGGCUCGAGACGCGGCAUGCGUGCUCUCCGCAUUGCACUUAAGCCUAAGUUACCCGGCGCAAACCACGGACGCUAACAUGAUCUUCAAUCGAGUGCAGUUGGCCGUCGCGAACCGGCGGACGCAGUACACGGAGGGCGACGCGAUGGCCGGCCUCCACAUUGUCUCCAGCUUCCUCUUCUCCGGCGGGCGCGGCGACUGGGCGUUCUGGCUCGGGAUCGCGUGCGAGUACGUGCAGGCGCUGCUCAACGCGCCGCAUUUCUACGGGCCCGAGGACGCGCUGCGCAAGUGCCCGGAGAGCACGCGGUUCAUCAUCAAGACGACGAUGUGGUUCGACGUGCUCGCGAGCGUGACGACGCAGACGGUGCCGCGCUUCCUGGAGGUGUACCGGCAGCUGUUCGCGGCGCAGGGCGCGUACAUCGGCGACCCCGCGGCGAGCGCGCCCGAGAUCUCGAUGCUGCCCGUCAUGGGCUGCGAGAACAAGAUCGUGCUCGCGAUCGCGGAGAUCUCGAACCUCGCGCACUGGAAGGAGAACCACCUGCACCGCGGCACGCUCAGCAUCCCGGACCUCGUCCACCGCGGCGCGGACAUCGAGGAGCGCCUCCUGGGCCCGUCGUCCCCGCAGCCGCUCGCGGCGGAGGUCGUGCAGCGGCGGCGGCUGACGAACGACAUCUUCCGCGCGAGCGCGAAGGUGUACCUGCACACGGUGCUGUCGGGCGACUACCCGGCGUGCCCGGAGAUCGUGAACGCGGUGACGGAGACGAUCGACGCGCUGAGCCGGAUCCCGAUGGACGCGCCGUCGGUGCACCGGAGCGUCGUGCGCAGCGUGGUGUUCGGGAUCUGCAUCAGCGGGUGCCUGACGGACGACCACCGCCAGCGCGGGUUCCUCAUCCGCAUGCUCGAGUACCAGCAGCGCGAGUCCGUGGGCAACGUCGGCGAGGUCAAGCGCCUCAUGCAGAACGUGUGGGAGCAGCGCGACGCCGAGCGCGACGCGGGGCGUUACCGGCCGACUGACUGGCGCAGGGUCAUGCGCGAGAGCAACCCCGACCUCCUCCUCCUCGUAUAG